AUUUGUUUUGCGCAAAACAAGCGACUGAUAUACUCAGAUAUUCGAACGAAUCAAAAGAUGGAGCAACUACUUUCUCGUCGCCGCAGAUACAGGGCCAAAUGUGCCAAGAGGAGUGUCCGCAAAUUCUUACCCGAUUUGAAGUGCAAGUCUGUGGAACGCAUUAAAUGCCAGAUUAAGGAUCUGCUGAUCUUAAUGGUUCCGUCCAAGGAUUUCUAUAAGAACUCGUUGCGGUUCUACAAGCGCUGCACAAAACCAGAUCGUCGGGAGUUCCAGCGUAUCAGCAUUGGCAUUGGCGUAGGAUUCCUUAUCAUGGGCUUGAUUGGAUUCGUCGUUAAGCUGAUGCACAUACCCAUAGUCAACAUCAUCAUGGACUGAGGGCUAAAACUCGAGUGGAAAUAAAGGUUCAAUUCCGCUUCUU